AUGUAUGAAAGAGUUGGAAGCAGAUAUGUAAUUGAUCUAAAAUAGAUUUUAUACCAGAGCAGAGCAGUAUAAAUUGACUAGUUUAUUAGUAAGUGACGAAAGUAGAAAAGUCUUUAUUUUUGUUAGACAAUGCUAAGUAUUAUUUAUCAUAUAGAAAAAAUAGAUUAAAUUAAUUAUUUUAAUAAAUGCCAUUUUAUAUGAAAAAAUUACUAAAAACCGAUUGUUUUUAGAAGGAUAAUUUAUAGAUCAUUCAAGAAAUUAUUUAUUUUCUACUAAUCAGAAAAAUGGAUUUAUAAAAUCCUGGUUAGAAGUAAUUUGCUAAAUAUAUAACAAAUUUAAAUAAAAAAAUUGAGAAUGGAAAGAUGUGUGAGUUUUCAAAAAAAGGUGAAAUUUAUGUAGGAAAUGUUGAUGGAACUGUUAAUAUUUGGUAUGCAAGAAAUUCUAAUUAAUUUGUAACAUAUAAAUUAAUAAUAUUUUUUUUCAAACUCAUGAUCCAGACAUAACAAAAUUAAAAUGGCUUAAUUUAGAGAAAACAGUUGUAACUACAUCAAAAGAUAAAAGAAUUAAAGUUUGGUAGUUACCAUAAUUUGGAGAGAUCCUAAAAUAAUGGAAAAACCAUCAAAUAUUCAUUAACAUUUAAAAAAUGA